UUAAAUAACAAUAUCAUGUCUAAUGAUUCUGUUUUAACAAAUGAAAAUACUAACUUAAAAAUUGAAGAAGAUUAUAAAAAUGAGAAAUUGAAGAAAAGAUGUGAACAGUUGGAAGCUUGGAGAUUGAAAAAGCAACAAGUUGAACCUCUAUUAGAACAAAAGCCAUCAAUAAAAAUUAAAGAUACAAUUGAAGAAAGACGAAAAUCAAAGAAAAAGAAGAGUAAAAAGAAGCAACAAGAACAACAACUGUCAAAAUCUUCACCAAAAACACAACAAAAUACAAUAACUAAUCAUCAAUUUUCAAAAAAUAAAACCGCAAUGUCAAUUUCUAAAAAAGCAUCAACUGUUAAACCACCUCUACGAAAAAGAAUAGAAUUUGAAGGAGAAGAAGAUCAUUCAAAUCUGAGAAAGAAACCAAAAUUUGAAAUACCCAAAACUGAGAAUAAUGCAUUGAUAGAAGAUGAUUCAGAAUCUGUGGAUGAAUUGGAUGUUUUCAUAAAUCAACUAAAUAGUAAUAACUCAAAACCAACGUUAAUUGAAGAAGAAGUUCAAAUUUAUUCAGAUUCAGAAGAAGAUGAAAAAGAAGAAGAUUUACAAAAUAGAAUAGAUUCAAAAUUAGCCAAAUUGGGAAAUACCAAAAUACUUAAAGAAAUAGAUCAGUCUAAAAUUAUUUAUAAACCAUUUGAAAAAAUUUUUUAUCAAGUCCCAUUUGAAAUGUCAUUAAUGUCACAUGAAGAAAUAGAGCUUUUAAGAUAUUGGAAGUAG